AUGUAUCAGCAAUAAAGCUUAAGAAAUCUAUUUCUACGAACAAAUGGAUUAAUAAGAAUUCGCCCAAAAGUGAGAGUAACAGAUAAUUACACGCUAUCUCUUGUGUAUACUCCAGGGGUUGGCCAUAUUUGCAAAGUAAUUUAAGGUGAUCCAGAUCAAUUAUAUGAUCUGACAAUCACCAAUAAUUCUAUUGCCUUAUUAGCAGAUGGAUCAAGUAAAUAUGUAAUCUACGUAGAAUUUAACCUUGCAAAGCCUUAGAAAAUGAUUCCAAAUUUAGAAGCUAUCAGUGCACUCUACAAAGCUUUUUAUGAUGUUGAUGCCUACCCAAUUGUCCUAAAUAGAAACAUAAUGCACAAUGUUUCUGAUUACCUGCUUGUGAUUGAUAAUUUAUCUCCAACAUACAAAGUAAAGAUUGCAUAAAUGAAAUUAGACAAUUGUUUUGAUAGAUAUUGAGAAUAAUCUGGCAUGCUAAAUAUUAUAAGCAGUUGAGAAAACAAAAUUAGAUUGUAGUGUUAUAAUCACGAAUUCGGAAAAUCUUAGAGAAUAAUUGUAUGAUGCUGCAUUGAUAAAGGCUACCUUAGAUUGUAGAUCUAUAUUAAAACCUUCUUAAUUAGAAGUGGUGAGAAAAGCAAUAACUUCAAUUGAUUUUAAAGGAUUACCAAACAAUUUAACUAAUAUUUUAAUUUCUGCUUAUGCUUAAGGUUUAAGAGAAAUUCACAAAAACAAAUGGUAUCAUCACACAAUAAGAAAUGUUGAACCUGAUCAUUUUGUAAAAAAACUAAACGAUCUGUACAUUUAUGGAGAUAUAGCAUAGUAUAAUAAAUGGUCGGAUGGGCAUUUGCUUUAAAAAAAUGAUUUUUACCAAAAUGCUUUGGAAUUGCAUAGAAGAUAUAAUGGGAUGAUUACAAUAGAGUUAAAGUUCAGUCCUAGAUCAUUAGAAGACUUAUUCAAAAUUUAUGAGUCAUCUUAUAAAAAGGAUGAACUAGGUUAAUUAAGAUAGAUGCUUAUUGAUGAUCCAAAUAAAUUAAGAGAGAUAACAUUUUAAAAAAACUAUGCAGCAAUUAUUACAAAUGGAACAGCUAUUUUAGGAUUAGGAAAUAUAGGGCCAGCUGCAGGAUCGCCAGUUAUGGAAGGAAAAUCUGUUUUAUUUAAUGCUUUGGGAGGAAUUGAUUUAAUGCCAAUAUGUUUAAAGGAGAAGGACCCUCAAAAAUUAGUUAAGAUUAUAAGAUGGUAAUAGUUGUAUUGAAAGUUUAGCAUUGCUCCAAUUUUUUCAGCAAUCAACCUAGAAGAUCUUAGAGCUCCUGAUUGUUUCCCUAUUGAAGAAGAAGCUGUGCAUAAUCUUCAUAUCCCAUUAAUGCAUGAUGAUCAACAUGGCACUGCUGUUGUCAGCUUAGCAGCUGUUAUUAAUUAUAUAAAAUUGACAAAGAAGAACAUCAAAGACCUGAAGUUGGUAAUUAAUGGUGCAGGGUAUCAAAUAUUACUAAAUAAUUAAAUAGUGCAGCUGGAGUUGCUAUUUGCAAAUUGCUACAUGGACAUGGCAUUUAAGAUAUCAUUAUUUGUGACACUACUGGCAUUAUAUAUGAAGGAAGGCCUUAAAACAUGAAUGAAUUCAAAAAUGAAUUAGCCUCUUUCACAAAUUAAAAUAAAAUUAAAGGAGUUUUGAAGGAUGCAGUAAAGGGAAGAGAUUUAUUUGUGGGAGUGUCAACUGCUGUAAUUUAAUAUCUAAAUGUUAUAGGGAUCUUUGACUAAAGAAAUGAUUAAGAGUAUGAAUAAGAAUCCAUUUAUUCUUGCUUUGGCUAAUCCAGUACCUGAAAUUAUGCCUGACGAUGCCAUUGAAGCUGGGGCCUUUAUCAUAGCAACUGGAAGAUCUGAUUUCAAUAAUCAAGUAAAUAAUUCCCUUGCAUUUCCUGGAAUCUUUAGGGGAGCCAUCGAUACUAGAGCGAGAGAAAUCAAUUUAGAAAUGAAAGUAGUUCUAUUGUGUAAAUUAUUAGAUUGCUGCUGCCUAUGCCAUUGCUAAUAGUAUUAAAGAUUCAGAUCUUUGUCCAACAAGAAUAUUGCCAGGUGCAUUAACUGCAGAUAUUCCAGCCAAUGUUGCCAGAGCAGUUGCGAUUGCCGCGAUGUAGACUGGAGUAGCAAAAAUCAAUAUUGAUCCAGAUAAGGUCUUCGAUUAGGCUAGGAAACUAAUUAUGGAAGGAAAUAUGCCCUCUUUGUGA